ACACGGUCUUCUUAGAGAGUGCCGGUCCAACAAGCCACGAUUCCACCUGAUCCACCGAACUCACUUUCCGUUACUAGAGUCUCUUUCUGGGUUCCAAUCCACUGAAUUUGAUUCUGUUCAUAUUAAUCACUCGAAUCACUAGCUUCUCAAAUUUUGAAGUUAAAUACUAAUCGAUUAUGGAUAGUGAAAACGCAUCUCGGAGCCCCGAGUUUCCGGCGGACUUGAAGUAUCAAUCGGGCUUCGGGAACCAUUUCUCGUCGGAGGCUAUCGCCGGAGCUCUCCCUCUCAAUCAGAACAGUCCUCUCGUCUGUCCUUACGGCCUCUACGCGGAGCAGAUCUCCGGCACCUCCUUCACUUCCCCUCGCAAACUCAACCAGCGCAGUUGGUUAUAUCGGGUUAAGCCAUCAGUUACUCAUGAGCCAUUUAAGCCUAGGGUCCCCAGUCACGGGAAGCUUGUGAGUGAAUUUAAUGAAUCAAAUAGUUCUGCAACUCCAACUCAGCUACGGUGGAAACCGGUGGAAGUUCCUAAAGCGCCGAUUGAUUUCAUUGACGGAUUAUACACUCUUUGUGGCGCUGGCAGCUCGUAUCUUCGGCAUGGUUUUGCAAUUCACAUGUAUGCUGCUAACAAAUCAAUGGACAAUUGUGCGUUCUGCAGUGCUGAUGGUGACUUUUUGCUUGUUCCCCAAGAAGGAAGGCUGUGGAUAACAACUGAAUUCGGAAAAUUGCAAGUAUCUCCUGGUGAGGUAGUAGUUUUACCUCAAGGGGUGCGGUUUGUUGUUGAGCUACCAGAUGGACCAUCACGCGGCUAUGUUGCUGAAAUAUUUGGAACUCAUUUUCAACUCCCUGAUCUUGGACCUAUAGGGGCUAAUGGUCUUGCUUCUCCAAGGGACUUUCUCGUUCCUGUGGCCUGGUUCGACCAGAGCUCCCAUCCCGGUUAUGUGAUUGUUCAGAAGUUUGGCGGUGAACUCUUUACUGCAAAACAAGAUUUCUCCCCAUUCAAUGUAGUAGCGUGGCAUGGAAAUUAUGUACCUUAUAAGUAUGAGCUAAGCAAAUUCUGCCCAUACAAUACCGUCUUGAUUGAUCAUAGUGAUCCAUCAAUAAAUACAGUGCUGACGGCACCCACUGAUAAGCCUGGAGUGGCUUUGCUUGAUUUUGUCAUUUUCCCUCCUCGGUGGUUGGUUGCUGAACAUACAUUUCGUCCUCCAUAUUAUCAUCGCAACUGUAUGAGUGAAUUCAUGGGUCUAAUUUAUGGAGGAUAUGAGGCAAAAGCUGAUGGGUUUGUUCCAGGAGGCGCAAGCCUUCAUAGCUGCAUGACUCCCCAUGGUCCAGAUACUAAAACAUACGAGACGACAAUUGCACUUGGAAAUGAAGCAGGGCCUUGUAGAAUUGCUAAUACUCUUGCCUUCAUGUUCGAGUCAUGUCUGGUUCCUCGAGUCUGCCGAUGGGCACUUGAAUCUACCUACAUGGAUCAUGAUUAUUACCAAUGUUGGAUUGGUCUGAAGUCCCAUUUCACAUGUGAACUUGGAAAGGAACAAAACCAAGACUUACAGAACGGGCUCGAAGAGAAGAAAUGAAAGGCGUUUGUACCCGAGAUGGUGUCAGAGUAAGAAGGUUGUAUCAACAUGUUCCUCAAGUUGAGAGUCUAGCUUGUACAUAGUAAAAGAUUGUAUAUAGAUGUUGAGCAAUAUAUGAUUGGCAUGCCUUUUUGUUCAAGGUGCAAAUUGGAUAAGAUUGUAUAUAAGAUUGUUGGAUUCUAAUAAACAUAGGUACUUCCAUAUUGGACAUUGAGAUAUUCUCUUUAGUCUUAAAAUUGAAAAUGCUGUUUGUACAAAUUGGGGAUCAUUCGAAGUGAUGUGGAGUGAAAUGAUAAUGUUUAAUUGGUUGGGU